CAUAUUAUUCUUCUGAAGAGCCCCUGUAGUAAGUAAUUCUGUUCCAUCACUAAGUCCAUCCUUUUAUCUAUGAGUCCAUGUUCAUUAACCAGGCGCCUAUCAGCCCAUAUUAUAUUGUCUAGGGUAUCUACCCCUAGACAAAAUUAGAAUUUAAUCUUCCUAUCAAAAACAUGAAUGAAGUUUAACACAAUUCAUAAGUAUUGUUGGCAAUGAAUUUUUCGCAUACAAAUGUCAAACUUUGUGACUUAAUUGUAGCAAGAAAUGGUUAAGGUUAGAAAUUUCAUAUUUUAUUUGCAUUUUGUACUGAAUCAUAGACAGCUUUGGUAAUAAAUCGACCAUUAAUAUAAAAUUAAAAAAGUUAUUUAGAAAAAUCUUAAUCUGUGAGUUAAUACAAUGAAACCAACAAUUGUUGCUGAUGAAAUGUUUCCAGAAGGUGCGGGUCCUUACAUGGACUUGGAAGAGGCAGGUGGAUCAAGUGGACUGUUAAUGGAUCUUGCAGCAAACGAGAAGGCUGUUCAUGCAGAUUUUUUCAAUGAUUUUGAUGAUUUAUUUGAUGAUGAAAAUUUGAACUAAUUUAAUUGUGAUUGGUACAAGUAAAAUAAGUUACAAUGAGUGUUUGUGGUAUCAACAAAUAACAUUUAUUUUAGUUACAAAACUUACAAAGCU